AUCUUUGAUCUCUCCCCUCACCGCCUGUGAUGCUCCGCUCCCCUUGCUGUCUGUGAGCUGUCUGUGACUCUCUCUUCUCGCCCCUCUCAAGCCUUGAUUCCCUCCCCCUUCUAUCCGCGACUCUUCCCUCUGACCCCCCCCCCCCCCUUCUGCUCUCUCGCCGUCACUCUCCGCGCCGGCCAUGGAGGAAGCGGCGGAGCGGACGCGGGGCCGAGGCCGCGGCCGCCGGGGAGGAGGAGGCGGGCGAGGCCGCGGGGGACGAGGAGCGCGCGGGCCCGGCGAGCGGCAGCAGCGGCCGGUGGAGGCCGAGCGAGGGUGGCAGGGACGCGGCUGCCGCCCGCCCCGAGGUCGCUGCUUCCCCCCGAGGCCGCCGGAGCUGCAGGUUGAAGAGGAUGUGGACACAAAGGAUCCGUAUGAUCAACCAAAUGAAUUUUCAAGAAGGAAAAUAGUUUCGAACUGGGAGAGAUAUAAUACUGAAGAGAAAGGACUCAGUGAUAUUGGAGAAUCCUUGCGAGGUGCGGAUUUCAAUGUGCUGCUCAGUUCUGCAGGUGAUUCAUUUGCACAAUUUCGUUUUGCUGAAGAAAAGGAGUGGGAAAUAGAAGUUUCUACAAGUAAACAAAUGUCACCACUGUUUGUAGAUUGCCAGUCUCUGGCCCAGACUCUUCAGCAACUGCCACUUCACCUUCAACUGAAUGUGGAAGCUGAGUUGGUACAGGUAAAUCCACCUGCAGAGCUACCACAGAUCAGAUUGAAGAGUAUGGACGAUGGCAAAAGCAAAUUUGGCCAAUUUAGAGCACACACUAAAGCUUCCCCAACAAAUGUGGAAACCAUUCCGGUCAACAUCAUACUCAACUCUACAACACUGGAAUCUGAACAUACUGCUCCUGCAUCUGAAUCGCAGGAACCAGCAGACCAUCUGGAUGAGGAGCUGGAAUUUUUACUUCACUUAGAAACACCUGUCAGCAAGAAUGAUGUUUCCUUAAAAGGAACUCAGGACACAGAAGAUGAUCCUGAAAAUGUUGAUAUUUCAAUUGACACAUCUGGUGCUGAGGUAAUAGACAAUACAAAUUCACAACCAACAGGAACAGCUGAGAAGCUUGACCCCGAAGUGGAACUUGAAGAUUGGUUAGAUAGCAUGAUAUCGUAAUGUCACCAUGAUAGUCUUGCAAGGAUGUGAGUACUGACAAAAAGUACUUGACUCUGAAUAUAACGGUGGCAUUGCAUUUCCUGCACAAAGCUUACAGUCGGGUAAUUACUUCUACAGCAUCUAUUUCAACAUUGAGGAUACAUUUUUCUUAAUUUUUGUUUCCAAGUGCUGCAAAUUUGUAUCAGAAUGUUAGUGAACAUAGAAAAAAUGCUCACUUCGCUGAAUGACGGAUUCAGCAAAAUAAUUAUAUUUAUAUGUAAAAGGAGUAAUGGAAAAAGGUAAAAUCUAUUAGAUCCAUUAGUUUGUUAUUUUCUGAGUAAAGGACACAAUAAUAAAAUGUCAUUAAGCUAAGAGAUGCAUUCUAAGAGCUGUGAUUGUCAAUUAUCCAUAAGUUCUGGUACCAUUCACGGCAGUGUAAUUACAGCAGGUUU